GUAUUUUCCACAUACUAGCUCGGAUGGACCGACUGCAGCACAGCGUGAAAACUUUUUCCUGUGGGGCGGUGAUUUCUACGGAUGAAAUCCGCUCAUUUUCUCAGACUUUUCCGCUGUAAAAAGACAAAAUAUCAGGAUUUUCAUUUAUAUUUAGCAAACGGAGCUUUAUAGUAAGGCUAAACACAGGAAAAAAACCUGAAUAUAAUAGUGUCCUUUUAAAUUAUUACACAAACUUUGGUCAGUGUAACAUCGGCUCGGACAAAAAUUGGAUAAAUGUUUUUCUACAUUUAGACAUAAAGAGUUCCUGUGAGGGGGUGACAGCUGUAGCGCUGGACCCCUGGAGCAGAACGGAAUGACGUCACAGACCAGCAGCCCCAGACCCUGCAGAGUUUGACCCGGGAUGGAGCUGAAGGUGUGGGUUGAUGGAGUUCAGCGUGUGGUCUGUGGGGUCACAGAGGCCACAACCUGCCAGGAAGUGGUCAUUGCUCUGGCUCAAGCCAUUGGUCGCACAGGACGCUACACACUGAUUGAAAAAUGGCGGGACACCGAGCGACAUCUUGUUCCUCAUGAAAGUCCAGUGGCCUCUCUGAACACAUGGGGGCAGUAUGCCGGUGACGUGCAGUUUAUCCUACACCGCACGGGCCCCUCUCUCAAUGAGUACCCCCCAACUGAAGGGCUGACUCCUCGGGGCCCAGAGCGUGGCUUACAUCGACAGAGCCUACCACUGAUGGCCAAGCUCCGAGCUCCAGGUGACCGCUCCCUCCGUCGGCGUGAGCCACGGCGCAAAUCUCUGACCUUCACUGGUGUGCCCCGCAGUCUGAGGGACAUCCUGAGUGGAGGCAGGCUCGGUGACAGUAGUGCCAAACAACGAGAGGUUUUAGUGAGAAGUGCCCACAGUUCGCCAUCAAUGUCCCCUCGAUUAUCAGGCAAACGCGUGGAGGAUCUUACCCAACUGGUGAGGCUGCAAAGGGAGACUCUUUCAGUUCUAGACAGCAGGAUUGAGGCAUACGAGGCAGAGCUUCGGAUGUUGACUGAGAAAAGAGUUGGACUAGAGGAUGACGAACUGUAUGUGAAGAUGACAGAGGAGGUUUCAAGGUUGGAAAAGCAGGUGCGAAGGAACAAGGUGGAGAUCGAGGAAGAGGAAUUCUGGGCAACUGAGCUCCAGAUCGAGCGAGAGAGCGAGAGGCAGCUACAGGAACGAAUUCAGGAGUUGAGUAGUCGGCUGCACAGUUGUGAGGUGGAUCUGGAACAGCGGAUGAUGUCUCUGCAGGGUGUAGAGGCAGGGAUAGAGGCUCAAAGGCAGCAUAAAGAGAUCAGAGAGACCCAGCAGGCCAGUGAAGGGGAGGUGAAGGCUAGACUUCAGAGAGUAAAAGCAGAACUCAAGGCUCAGGCUCAGCACACGGCCCAGCUUGAAAACAGCUCAAGAGCAGUGGACCGCUCACUGGCUGAGUCAUGCAAGAGACUGCAGGAGAGUCAGUACGAGCUGGAGCAGCUGACAAAAGAGUUGAGGCAGGUGAACCUUCAGCAGUUCAUCCAACAAACAGGCACCAAAGUUACGGUUCUGCCCGUGGAGCCUGGUGAUGAGGACUCUAGCAACACAACAGGAGAUAAAGACUUUGCUGCAUUAACUGGCUCGUUGAAACGACCAGGUUUAUCUUAUCCAGUGGUUGGAAGCAUCCGUGGACUCCAUAGUCCAAUCUCCUCAGGUUUGAAUCCUGAAGGCAUCUACGUUUGAGGACCAUAAAUCACUUCAGAUUUUUAAAAACCUCUCCAUAUGUUUUUGGCUGAAUUAUUUUUAUUCUUUGCUAUUCUUUAUGCUCAGCAUAAAGGAGAACUAGUGGUAAAACUGCAUACCAUUUUAAAUACAAACAAAAGUAUUCCAAUUUUUUUUUAUAUGUAUAGUAUCAUUGCAGUGUCUACUGUUUGAAAGUGGUACCCGUAGCCUUGUCACAUAACUAUUAGAUGAAGGAUGAAUUACUUUGGAAGUUUAAAUAUAUUUUUGUAUUCUCAUUUUAAUCUCUAAAAUGUUUGUAUGAAUGUGCAACUUUCACAUUUGUGUUUACUGUUAUUAGAGAUCCAUCUGAGAUUUCAAAACCUGUGAUAUUUAGGUUUUUUGGUAUUCUACAUUUCAUACUGUGGUUGAUUUUUAUGUUUAUAUCAAUCUGUAUGAGUGUUUUACUAUGUUGAGCCAAAGACAAUCACCUAUUUUAGUUGCAAUAUGUUACUGCAUGACAAUUUACUUUUGCCAGUGUCAUUAUUGUUGAUAUAUGCAUAAAUUGUUACUGAUGUACAAGUAUUAUUGCUUGAAAUGUACUUUUACUCUUAAAGGGAUAGGUCACCGAAAAUGAAAAUUCUCACCUGUCAUUCCAGACUUGCAAGAAUUUCUUUCUUCUGUGGAACACAUUUUAAAAAAAAUGUAUCAGUGUUUUGAGAGACUUUUCAUUUUGAGUCAACUAUCCCUUUAAUAUUAUUACAUAUAUUUCACAUAAUUUGUUUGAGCCAAAAAUGAAAUCACAGCUGUUUAGCUGACAGUAGUGCCUUACUGAAUUUCAACCAAAGCCAUGUUAGGAUCAACUUUAAUGAUGGUGCAAGCAUGUUAACUCUGUGAAUUAGAUUUUGGUAUUUUCAGUGUAUAUAUACCUAUUAUAAUGUUUUAUGCUUAGAUUUUGCUUAAGUGUUGUCUUGUACUGCAUUUGAUUUCAGUAGAUUUUGGGGAUAUUUAAACUUGUUUUAAAUUGUUUCCGACAUUAUGUGCUGAUUAUCUAUUAUGUACCAUGUAUUUUUUUUGUAAACAGUUCAUAUAAACCCUUAAACAUCUAUAUAUAGUGAUGGGAAUCACAAUUAAACCCAAAUCACCUUA